AUGCAGUUUAACAGCACCAUACUAGCCGCUAUACAUAACACUGAUACAACUUACUAUGUCAAUGUUGAGCAUGAUGACGGCUCCAAAACCUACGUUGCACCGGGAUCUAGCGUUCAGGUUUCGAAUGGAUGGGCAUACAUUCGGGCCUGCCAGGAGGCAGGAGGAACCACAUUUGUCUAUCCACCAGGGCUCCUGCAGUGGCCAGCCUACUACGGUGAUGUAUCUGGGCACCCUUAUGGACUCUACAGUGGAACCUGCCAGUGGGGUGUGGACGCCUAUGAUCCAAACGAUUGUCCAUCGGGAUACCAACACCUUCCUAACGGACAAAUUUCCAUCGGGCUACCAAGACCUUCCUCUCCUACCCCGGUAUGA